UCAAAUUGUAGCAGUUUACAAGGGAGGUUGGGUGCAAGUGAAGAUCACGUGGCAGUUCGUUUACAAACACUGUUUCCUAGGUGCCGCUGACUUGGAGUUGCAUGAAGAAAGGAGCUUCGAGAUUGCAGUGUCUAUGUACCGGUUUUUGUAAAGGUAGCAGGUGAACUAUGACGAGUAUGAACCCACCUGAAGGAGCGGAGGAAGAAGCGAAAGGGCCGAGAAUAGAUUCCGAAGAUCCACAAGAAAGAAUAAACACUCGCCGACUGCGAAUUGCUGCCAGAGUGGAGGCCAAGAAAAGAGAAGCCCUAGAAGAUCCAAAUGCAAAAACAGACAUUGAGGAGGUGCUGAGUAAGAGUCGUAAGCAAAUUGAGGAAAGCUAUCAGAGACUAACAAAACUUCAGAGGGAUGGAACUCAGUUGGUUACUAACAUCCAGGUAGCUGAAGAUGCAAGAGAAGCACAGAGGCGAAUAGAAGAAGAAGAAGCUCGUAGGUUAAGGACUGAAAAGCUGGAGAAUGAGGCCAAGACAAGCCAAGAGAAAUAUGAGGAAAUCUCUAAGAAGUGGAUAUCUGCAAAGGCAAAGGAAAUACCACAGGACCUCAGAGAUGUACUAAACAUGCAACAGCAGCAAUGUGCUUACUUAAUUGAGGAGAAAAACAAACUCAUCACUGAUCUACAACAGGAAUUGAGAAGCAAGGAUGAUCAGUAUGUGAAGGAACUGAAGAAGGAGGCAGAAGACAUUGACCUUUUGAUUGAGAGGAUGGAGGAGCAGAUAAAGAGCUUAACAAAAUGCUACAGUACAGAGCUACAUCAAAUUGAGAGGGCCUUUGAACUGGAACGACGUGAGCUGCUAGCAGAUAACCAACAGAAGUGGGAGCAAAUGAUGCAGGAACGCCGUGACAAAGAGCUAGAAUAUUUAACGACUCGCAUGAGGAAGGUGGAGGAAUAUGAGCAAUUGCUGAAACAGUUGCGAGUACAAGAUGCAGAAGAGUACAACAUGAUAAAAAUCAAACUGGAGACAGAAGUUCAGAUUUUAGAGCAGCAACUACAGCAAAUGAAAGCAACUUACCAACUAAACCAGGAGAAACUGGAGUAUAAUUUCCAAGUGCUAAAGAAACGAGAUGAGGAAAAUACAAUUACCAAGUCUCAGCAGAAGAGGAAGAUCACACGGCUGCAAGAUAUUUUGAAUAAAUUAAAGAUAAAAUUUGAUAAACAAGUAAAACAGUACCAAGAAGACAAUCAGGCAUUGACUGAUGACUAUAAGAGAAUUACAGAACAGUAUAAAGAGCUGCAAAAAAAAAUGAGGCAUUUUGCUGUUGUUGAUACUAGGAAGUUCUAUGAAAUAUGGAUCAUGAAUGAAGAAGAAAUAAAACAGUUAGCUCAGAAAGCGUUUGAAGUUGAUCGCCUCAUUCAUGAGCAGCAGUUGGGAUUGCCUUGGAUAAUGCCCGAGUUUUGGUUUAUGGAGAAUAUGGGGCCUGUCAUACCACAGUACAAAAAGAAGAAAUCUGCUGUUCAACUUGCUGAAGAAGUUAUGUUCUCUGCAGCAAGUCAGGUUGUUGUUGAGGAUAGCAAGACUCAUUCAUAUCAAACUUCAGCAAGUCAACAAAUAAAGGGGAAAAUGGACUCUGAAGACUCAGGACAUCGCUCUGAUUCCUCUACUGUUUCAAGACCUACCCUUAAAAUGUUAUUGGAGCUCCUCUGUGAUGAGUCAGGUUUCCUGAUAGAGAGUAAACUCCUUAAGCUGCUUUUGCCAUUGGAAAGAGAUGAACAGUCCCUUUUGAAGCUGGAUGCUGUAUUCCAGGCAUUGGGAAUUGAAAAUGAAGAUGAUGUCUACAAAUUAGCAGAGUUCCUCAUCAGAUACAAAGAACAGCAGCAAUCAGAUGACCAGGAUAGAGAUGAAGAAAAAGAAGCUCUGCUCCAAGAAGAGGUUUACCCAGGCCAAGAAGAACUCAGCAGUGAUGCUCAUAUGGAAGGUAAAAGAAAACCAUUGUUAUUUCGGCCGUAUGCAUCAAACCUCAUUCAUCCUGAUGAUGUCCUGAAGGCUGUCCGUGCAUUUGUUACCGAACACCAAAAGCAGAGAGAAAGGACUCAUCAGACUAAGCUGGUUAAUCUUGAUGAACGAGAUGACACUGAGGAUGCAGCAUACUGGGAGGCCAUAGCCAAUGUGAUUCCGUCAAGUAAAGUGAAAGUUUGGGAAGCACUGUUAUCAGCAAUGGAGAAACACCAUCACAUUUUAACUGAGAGAUCAACUUUGAUCACAGAAACGGAUAGUUUGAAGCAACAGAAUACAGAGCUUAGAAUGUUACUCCACCAGUAUAUCAACUCCACAGUGACAGCUCAAUUGGAAAUUCCACCAAUGCAGACAGUUCAGAUGCAGUUUUCACAGACCUGAAGAACUCUAUUGAAAGCAUACUUUUAGUCAAACUGCCUUGUGCAGUUGGCUUCUGAGAAAUGUGAAAAUGUAUAUUUUCCUUGAAUACCCGUUUUUCUUAUUUAUUUAUUUUUUUGAGUAAUGAUUCUAGUGUAAUUAAACGUUACCAGACACACAGAAGCAGAGGUAUAGCUAGCUAUAUUUGCACCUGGUUCCAUUCCCCAAUCCGGUCCCCCUUAACUUUAAUUAAAGUGGGAAAAAACACUUGUAGCAAGCAGCAGUUACAGUUUAUGCCACACAGGAGUCCACAAUGCUUCAGUUCUGACAGCAAAUAAAAUACCAGCAUGUCAUACCUUUCAACCUGGUAUCACAAGAAAUCUAGACAAAACCUAAAAUAAUGGUGGGACAAAGGCCCAAAA